AUGGAUGCUUCAACUCAAAAUGAAUCUUCUUUAAAUAACCAAGAGAGUUUAAAUAAUCUCCAUACCAUUUUCCUCCUAGAUUUCCUUGAAAGUAAAGCUAGACAAAACAUCCAAACGAACCAUAUCAAUGAUGGCUCAAAUCCACAAUUAGUCGAAGUUACCGACCCAAAGCUCCAGUCCACAGAGACAAGAAGCCAACAAGAGUUAAUCCAACUCUAA